AUGGAAACAGCGGGCAGAAGCAGGUGUGGGAGUUGGGCAGCAGCAGCACACUGGCAGCAGCGGCGCGCUGUGUUGUGGCGGUUCGCAGACGAGUGGCCGGCAGCGGCGGCGGUGGAGGCGGGGCCGGCCGGCGGCCGUCCGCCCCCGCCGCUGCCCGUGCAGCUGUGGCCGGCGACUCACCCCGCGGAGCCGCCCGUCAGCCGGCUCGUCUCCUACAAGCGCUACCUGCCCUACCACCCAGUGGCGCGCUUCCGCGGGCUCGGCAUCGAGGCGCGGCCCUUCCUGCAGAUGCUCAUACAGCCCGAGGACCUGGGGCGGCCCAAGAAGAAGCUGUCGGUGCCGCAGCUGCUGAUGCUGCUCAACCAGCUGGCGAGUGAGGGCGCGCAGACUGCCGGGGCACGAUCGCAGCGCGUGCGCUUCGGCUUCAGCCGGCGGCGGCGCGUCCAGCAGCCGUGA